CAUCUACAGCUACGUUCACGUUACUUACAGAUGCAUGUUCACUAGAAAUUAGUUUAAAAGAAGGCCGGAGUUUCACUUCUGUUAAGAUUUACUGUGGUGUUGUCGGCAAAGAAUUAAACGAAUAAAAUUUAUGUGUGAUCACAGAACUUCUUGUUUCCCGUUGCUUUCUUUCUAAUUAUCAUGGGGAAGAGCAAACAAGCACAAAGAACAAAAAAUAAUGCAAGGCCAUCAAAUAGCAGUAGAAGUGCAGAAUUACUGGGCACUGCUACACCCAAAUUUGUUGGUUUUUCAGCUGUAAACGAUGGUGGUUACAUACCUGUUUUACCAGGUUUAUCACUCUGUAGUGUUAAUGAAGUUGAGAUGAAUAGUGUUGAUAAUAAUUUUCAAAUAGUUUUAAAGAAAAUGAACAAAAAAGAUGCGACAACAAAGUGCAAGGCUCUGCAAGAAUUUGCAGUCCUAUGCAGGGAUUCAGAAUUAUCAGCUGUCGAAGGAAUGUUACCAUUUUGGCCCAGAUUAUAUUGUGUCUUAGCUAUAGACAUUGAACACAGAGUAAGAGAAGGUGCACAGUUAGCACAUGCAGCAGUAGUGAAGCGCGUAGGCAAGGGUAUAGCUAUGUAUUUAAAACAGUUGGCAGGAGCUUGGUUUACAUCCCAAUAUGAUACAUAUGCUCCUGCUGCUUCAGCUGCUACUAAUUCAUUCAGUGGAACAUUUCCACCAAAAAAAAUUGUUGAUGCCAUUGUGCAUUGUCAACAUGAAAUUUUAUCGUAUAUUUGUGAUAACAUUACUGUCCAAACUGCACAAUCUUUGUCCCAACAAAAGAGUAUUGCAGCAGAAGAAAUGGAAGCAAAAUAUCAGAGGGUUCUAAUAGCCAGUCUACAAGGUUACAGUUCUUAUUUAAAAAAGGUUCCUUCAGAAGAAAUUGAAAAAACGACGGAUAUUCAUUAUAAAAUCAUAAGGAACAGCAAAUUUUGGAAGUUAGUGAAAUAUGAUGCUCUUGCUGUGAAAACUGCAUUUUUUAAUGUGUUAACAUCAAUGAUCGAAAAUGCUACCAUACUCUUACAAGAAGAAAAAAAGAGGACUGUAACAACCAUUAUGAAUAGUUUGGAUGAAACAGAGCCUGCACUUGUGUCCGCUGUUUGGGAAUCUAUGCUAGUAACUAUAAAUAAAAUAGAGGAUUGGUACACUGUAGUGAGUAUAGAGAAACUAGUAUUACCAAAAUUGUGGCGGGUUCUACGAAGUGGAGGACAGUGCUCUGCAACUAUUGUGUACCCAAAUUUGUUACCGUUUAUUAGCCAAUUCCCGAAGUUAAAUAUCAAUAUUCAUAACUUGUAUAUAAACUUCUUCAACAAUAUGCGACAGGGAUUUUCUGUGAAAAGUGUACAAACGAAUCGAUCCGAAAUGUUUGCCGUAACAACAUCGUUCAUCGAAUGCUUACGGUAUUCUGUUCUAUUGAAUGCCAAAAAUCGGGAUUUAUGUACAGCGCUUCUCAAAGAACAACUGAUACCAGUAAUCGAAACAUGUUUAAAAGAGAAUGCUCCAAUGAAACAAAUCCUAUUCUGUGAAAUUUCACAUCUGCUGCGAUAUUGGAGCAAAAAUAGACAUAAUGAAGAUUUCGAAUCGUAUACUCAUUUAAUGGAACAAUUUUGGAUUGAACUGAAUUCGCUGUUCCAUUUCUUAAUAGACACGUUUCAAAGUUCUGAGACAUUUAAUAUUGCAGAUACAAAUAAUUCUCAAAUUGAAUUCUUAAUUACAUUGAAAUUAGCGCCUACGCAUAGCCGUAAAAAUUUGAAAGUGAAGUUUUCUGCACCAGAAGAGGAUAUAAUAAAUAUCGAAUCCCGAAAAUCAGUGACAGAAGUUGAUACUGAUACAGAAUUUUUGGUAGAACUGAAUAAUUUAGUUAUUACUCUGUGUAUAAAAUAUUUUGAUAAAAUUACAGAACAACGUACUCAGAAAUAUGUCACAUAUUUAAAUAAACUUAUCACGUGUUUUGAAAGUGAGAAGCUAUUCACAAGUUUGUCAGAGUCUCUGAAAACUCAAAUAAAUUUCUUAGCUUUCUAUGAUCAAGUUUUGAGGCAGUGGUUGCUAGAACAAUCAAUAGAAGCUGCGCAUAUAGUAGAAUUAAUAUUUAAUUUUAUCUCAUAUAUGAAUGACUGUGAAAAGGAUAAAGUUUUAAAGUCACUUACUGAGUUUGAAGAUAUUGUAACAGUAAGAAGUGUGGUACACUGUGCUUUAUCCAAAAAACAUAGGAAUGAUCCAGUAAUAAGAAAAUGGUGUUCACAGUCUAAAAUGACUAGCUUAUUGAUAGAUGUAGCAAAGGAAAUAGCUGCAGGAAAUUACUCUGAUCUUGAAAAAAAUCAAGACCUUAUUUUGUUGGCUUUUGAGUCUUUUGACGAUGGCAAUUUGUUGGUCAAAGAAGAGGGUGUUAAUGAAAUUGUGUCUAUCAUCUGUAGUUCAAUUCAUAAGAUAGACGAAACUUACUUGUUAAACUUUGCACAAUUAAUUUCUUGCAUUGUUCCAUUGGCAUGGACCCACAAACAAUCAACGUUGGGGGCAAUGCAAGUAUUAGAAACACUUUUUGAGUUGUGUUCUCACGACUAUUUUAGUAACAAUUUAACAUUCAUUGAUACAAUGAAAACUGUAUGGAAAAAUGGUCUUGUGGAAGCCAUUCAGAGACUGUCUAAACUGGAAUUUAUUGAGCUAACUAGAAAAUUUGCAACAAUCAUGUGGAAGAAGAUAUAUAACACAAAUGAGGAACAAACCAAAGAAAUAUUGAUGGAUAUUGCGUCUGAUUUUCUUGAAAUUAUUUAUAAUAACAAAAAUCACGAGGAAGAAGAUUAUGUAAAAGAGACUAUUUUAACAUUCUUAACAAGCUCUGACAUACGAAGGUGGUUGGUCGAAGUAGCAGGAAUUGUUCUUUAUGGAGAAGUGAUGACCGGAAGAUUUAUGCUGGAAUCAGUCCUCGAUCGAAGUGUACAGAUUUUCCAAGAACGUAUACCUGACGAAUUAACUAAUAAUACAAUAAUAGAUAAUACGGAGAAUUGUUUGAAAUGGGCAUUGUUUAAUGCAAACUUAUUGAAGAAUAUAUGCUUGAUCAAAGAGAUAGGAUUGAUACAGAAUAUUAAUUUACCAGGAAUCACGAAUCUAAUAGCAGAUGUUAUAUACUCGAUUGUUUUAGGACAAAUAUAUAUAAAACAUUAUAAAUCUACAAAAUGUUAUACUACCGUUAACAAAGUGUUGACUACAGUUGAAACUAGCUUUGAACAGUUGAAAGCAUAUGUUAAUGACGAUACUAAUGACGAAGUUCUGAAUUAUAUUGUUGCGAAUUAUGAACAAUAUGGCAGCAUGUUAUCUUAUCUACUAUACUUCUGUUGCACACAAUUAAGUUGGGGUAAAAAAUCUGAAAGAGUGUUUGAAACUCAUACAAAUAGUAUAAUAUAUGAAAAUUUUGAAACGAGUCUCCAGAAGUUUCAGAUUCUAUCCAAAUUUCAAAACACGGAGGACUCUUCAGUGGCAAAAGAUGAUGACAUAUAUAAGUUAAUAGUAGAAAAAAGAAUGCUUUAUAAUAAAGAAGAUAAUUUAAGCUACAUGAACAUUCUAGAAAAGAUAAUAUCUUACGAACAAAAUAAUUCUACAUCACUGCUUCUGGAUUGCGAUAUUUCUGAAACCUCGUGGGAAAAGUUAGCCCUUCCAUUGGAAGUUAUUUCAUUGUUAUCGGAACUUGUAACGAAUAUGUCGUCCGAAUUAACCAAUGAACACUGGAAUUUUAUCUUAAUAUCAUUAGUCAUGUGGCAAUUAUCUGUUAUCAAAUCGAAACAACAUAUUGAAGAUAUUAAGGUAUCAGCGCUGACAGUUUCGACUUGUCAGCUUUAUUAUGCUAUCCAAAAUAUAGUUAAUACGGAAGAACAAAAAGCAAAUUUACCCCCAACAUUAUUGGAUGAGUGGAACAAUAUAUUUGCUGGCGAUAUUCAGAACGGGAUCGCUCGAAUUUGGAUGUUUUAUGCAGAUUGGUAUAAUGAAAGAACAUCAAGCGUGAAACCUAUUGUGGUGUUAGAUCACAUAGGUAAAGCAGUAAAAGUGUUAAAUGGGGAUGUACUAUUCAGAAAUCAAUUAAAUAUAUCACCCACGGUUGUUAUUAACCUAAAUGAUACUGUUCAAUUAUCAUUGAAGCUACUUCAGUCCCCUCUAACCAGUAUACAAUUGGGCGCAUAUCAUUUAUUAAAACAAACUGUACCUGACCUUGUGAUACGAGACAGAGUUACUGUUGAGAUUGAAAACUUCGACGUGAAUAAUUUGAAUAUUAAAAAGAUGGAAGACAUACUUCAGAAUACACAGAACAUUGUGAACACGAUUUUAAUGGAUUUCAAAUUAUGUGAUACAGUCAGUUGUACUAUACAACCAUACACAGACUCUUACACGUACACUGUAGGGUAUUUACUGUUGUGGGCCAUCAUAUUGGAUAUGUGUGCAAAUGCUCAUGGGGAUUUACUUUAUCAAUACGCGGAAGUGCUUAAAGAUAAUUUCUUCCCCAGUUUGUUAAACAAUAUCUUCAGGCUAAUGCCAGUAGAAGUUCUUCAGGACAAUAAGAACAAAAGUGCAAAAUUAACGGAGAUCUUUUCGACGGAGCCGUCUCUUGAAUUCGGAGAAAGCUGGACAGAAUGGAGACUAGAUCACAUAGUCUGCUGGUUGUAUAGGAACAGUUUAAGGCAUUUACCGGUAUUGGUGAGACAAUGGUGGAGCGCAUCCGACAGCAGAGUCAGUGCAGCUGUAGACAAGAUCACAACUCAUUAUGUUACCCCUAUGCUUUGUCAAGAGCUUCUCAACAACAAAUUACAAAAUAUGGAAAAUAUGCAAGUGAAAGUCCAUCCAACGUUCCGCGAAGUGAUAGCACUGUAUCAAAUGAGUGACACCAAAUUAGAGCUUAAUAUCACAUUGCCACCAAAUCAUCCCCUGGGACCAGUUACAGUAGAACCUGGCCAACAUGCUGGGGGAACUGCAAACUGGAGGAACUGUCAUAUGCAGUUGGCUAUAUUCCUUACACAUCAGAACGGAUCUGUUUGGGAUGGUCUCGCGUUAUGGAAGAAAAACUUGGACAAGAAAUUCGCAGGGGUCGAAGAGUGUUACAUAUGUUUCAGUAUAUUCCAUUCAAGUUCUUACCAAAUACCAAAAUUAUCUUGUCAUACAUGUCGAAAGAAGUUUCAUACGGCUUGUUUGUAUAAGUGGUUCAGUACAAGUCAGAAGGCGACGUGUCCAAUAUGCAGGAAUGUAUUUUAAGUAACUUGUAUUUAUUUAUGAAUAAACUUUGUACCUCUAUUUAAGUCAUUAGGCUCAUACCUGUAAAUAAGAAAACUAAGGACAGAUACUCUCUAUAGGCAAAU